GUGGAUAACAUGUGGAUAACCCAAAUAGAAGGCCUGUGAAAUGUUCUGACAGGUUUCCUCCCAGCUUCUUGCUGCAUCAUUUUUGACUGUGAAGGAACACCCACACUACUUAACUUGUGAUCUGUUCUGCGUUUUUAAUUUACUUGCCUGGUGUAAUGACACAUCCUAAGUUCACAGGAAAUAUGAGGAAUACUGAAUCAUCUUUAGUUAUGGUCAGUCUACUUUAAAAACUCAGAAUUGAAUUUGCCUGGAGUACUUGAUGUGUUUACUGAUUUUUUUUCUGAAAUAUAUGAAACACAAGUAUGACCAGAAUAUUGGUCAGUCCUUGUUUGGUGCCCUUGACUUGACUGAGAUGCAAAAAAAGCCCUGAAAAGCUGUGAUGUUGACUAUGUCCUCUCCCGUGGGACCAGACGGUAUCAAUGUGGCUCAGCCCAUCCCCAUCCCAACUCUGACUGUCCUGCCACCAUCCUCGGAUACAGAGUCCCGGUCACGCUCACCUAGCCCCAGAUCAUCACGCAUCAGCCGCUACCGCUCAUCCCGCCACAGUAGGACUCGAACCAAGAAACGAAAUGAGGAGGACCAAGGCUGUGCUCUUAAACAGGUUAAAACACCACAAAUUGUAAUAGAGGAGACUGCGGAUAAGGGCGCCAUUUGCCAGCGCAGCCCCUCGCCCGCCCCCUCUGUGACUCAGAUGGAGGCGGAAGAGAAAGGUCAGGACAGCCCUCCACAGGACCUCCUCCUGCCACCAUCUCGCUCAUGGUCUCGUAGUCCCUCUCCCAGCCAACGUUCCCGUUGGUCCCUCAGGAGCCUGCUCAGCAGAGACUCUGAAUGGGACAGCUGCAGUACGGCCAGUAACUCUCCACGCAGCACCCCCGGCAGCUCUCCUUCCUUGCGGCACAAGGUCCUUGGGGGUGGAAGGACCAGUGAGAAUGAGGGAGCAGGAGGUAGUUCAGAUAGCCCCUUGCCCUCCAUACCCCCCGCCCCCUCCCUCACAUCCGCCUACCCACUUGCUUGUCGUCCCCUCAGCCGCAGUGCCAAGAAAAUGCAGAGCUGGUACAAUGUUCUCAGUCCUACAUACAAACAGCGGAAUGAGGACUUUCGUAAACUAUUUAAGAAACUUCCUGACACAGAGCGACUUAUAGUAGACUACUCUUGCGCUCUGCAGAAGGACAUACUCCUCCAGGGCCGCCUUUAUCUGUCAGAGAACUGGCUCUGUUUCUACAGUAACAUCUUCCGCUGGGAAACCACUGUAAAUCAUGCUCACACUGUGUACACAUUCCCACACGAGAAAACUGCCAAGCUCAUCCCAAAUGCCAUCCAGAUCAGCACUGACAAUGAGAAGCAUUUCUUCACAUCUUUCGGAGCAAGGGAUCGUAGCUUUAUGCUGAUUUUCCGUCUGUGGCAGAAUGCACUUUUGGACAAGUCUCUGUCCCCCAAAGAGCUCUGGCACAUUGUACACCAGUGUUAUGGCACUGAACUGGGUCUCACUAGUGAAGACGACGACUAUGUCUCCCCCACUGCUGAACACAUGAACGGCCUACUGCCAGGAGAUGAGUCGGUGUCGGUCACAGAUCUACUAGACCUGAGCUCAGUGUCGGUUCCCUCCUUGGGCAGCUCUCCCCCUCCUCUGGUGCCCUGUGCUCCGGCCAUCCCUUCCUCUACUACAAACCUUGGGAGCUCUUCUCCCCCUUCCUCUGCCUCCUGCCUCCCCAUAGAGGUGCCUUCCUCAUCUGGUCAUAUUCCCAGCACUGACCCCCUUGAACCCAGCCUGCCCAUCUCGCUCAGCUCGCUACUAUCCACCACUCCCACCAACACCUUUGCCUCUGCACCUACUUCUCCUACUGCCUCCUUUAACCUGGAAGAGGGUGGAGACAGCCAGUCUGAGUCAGCCAUUCACAUGCUGCCCCCACCAACCCCCAGUCUUGGAAACCUCUCCUCACUCGAUAUUACCAAUGAUGAGGAUCUGCCCACUGACCCUAGCAACUCCUCUGACACCCAAGAGGAGAGUGAAGUGGAGUCGUUCUGUGCUGACCUGAGCGGGCGGGUGCAUGUUAACACCGCGUUCCGCAUGAGUGUAGACAAACUGCACGACCUGCUCUUCUCUGCCGACACACAUUUCAUCCAGCAUCUCUUCUCUCAGCGACACUUUACUGACCUGUCGGUGGGUGAAUGGCAGCUGGACAGCAGCAGUGGGAAUACCAGUCGUGUGCUUAGUUACACCAUUGCCCUCAACAACCCCCUCGGCCCCAAAACUGCCCCUGUGGUGGAGACACAGACGUUGCAUAAGAGCAGCAUCCGAGGUGAGUGCUACGUGGUGGACUCGGAGGUCAUCACCUCAGGUAUUCCCUACCAGGACUAUUUCUAUACUGUCCACAGAUUCUGCCUCACCUCCAUCAACGAGCACAAGAGCCGACUCAGAAUUUCCUCAAACAUCUGCUACAGGAAGCAGCCGUGGAGCCUAGUGAAAGCAUUGAUUGAAAAGAAUACCUGGAGUGGUAUUGAGGAGCACUACAGACACAUGGAGAGCGAGGUGUGUAAGCUGGAAGCGCUGCUGCGGUCUGAAGUCACUGUGGUCACCACAGGUGAAGCAGUGGGUGCUGACGCUGCUAAGACCCCACCGGCCUUGCGCCGCCGCAAACGCACCUGCUCUAGGCGGCAGGGCGAGCGGGAGAGAGAGAGGGAGGUGGGAGGAUUGGGCACCACAGACCAAGUGGGCAGAAGAGUUGGAGACAACAGGGACCGAAGAGAAGCCAGUACUCAGUAUAUGAAUCUGGGAGAGCGCGCACAUGGUAGAGGACACAACAGUAUAUCUACUAUCCUCCUCAUAGUCAGCUUCAUGAUCUGUAUCAGUCUGGUGGUGCUGGUGGCUCUCAACAUGCUGCUGUUCUAUAAACUCUAUGCUCUAGAGAGAGCGGCCCAUACACUGGAAACAUGGCACUCCUAUUCUGUUGCUGACAGUCCUUUGCCCCAGACAGCUGGAGAGUGGGCUCAGGUCUUGCAGCUCCAGAGGCAGUUUCACCAGGCUCAGCUCAGCAAGUGGCAGCAGAUCCUGCAGUCCUCUGUAACACUCCUUGACCAGAUGAAGCAGUCUUUAGAAAAGCUCCACCAGGGCAUCGUGGUCCCAGAGGCACAGCAGCACUCCACUGACACCCUCUCAGAGUCCCUUACUGAAGCCUGAAGAAAUGGUAUACUGAUGAAAUACAGUCCAUUUACUGGUAUAACAACAACUGAUCUGUGACUCCUUGAUCUGUUCAGACCAUCCACUGUCCGAGGAUCACAGAGACAUUUCAUAUUGGAUUGUAUUCCAGAAUCAUUUUACCUCUGACCUCCCAAUUCUUCGACUAUCACAGACUUAAGUUCCUCUUGUGACCUGCAACAUUUCAUAGAUUCUGGAAGGUGGUAGCUGGGAACAGUUAGAUGCAUUUGCCUCUAGUAAAUGCCUGCUGAAAUAAAAAGAGGGGACACUACUCUCUGAAAGAAAGGAGGAGACAAGGGGAGCACUGACAGGUGCAGGAUGACUCUCGCUUUUUCCUUCAGGAGUUUGCUGCUCUUUCAUGUUUGAAUUGAGCCCCGCCAAAUGCUGACAGUCCUCUGCAAAAGACGAUGAGGAACAUUUCAGCACCAGACACUUUAGGUUUCACCCUAAUUUUUAGACAUGAUAUGGAAAUGUAUCCCAAACACACUCCCACUCUUUGCGGCCCUGUCUGGGUUUUAUCUUUCUUGGAAAUCAGUAUGUUGGGUUGUUUGUCAGGACAGCAAACAGUUUCUUAGACCAUUACAGUAUUUAUUAUUACCAGUAACUUUUGAUCUGAAGUCCUGUCCUGCUCUUAAGAAGUCAUGUGGUGGGUAUGUGUGCUCUGAUUUUCUGUCGCAGUUUGGACCAACAGGAGCUACACAAGAACGAUUACUGGUCACAGCAAUAAUGGCAUUAGUGAUUCUAGUACUUUUUGAGUAUUUCAAAGUAGUAUAUAAUAAUUAUAAUGAUGAGGUUGAUGGUGCAUUGUGUGUGUGUGUGUGUGUGUGUGUAGAAGCAGUGGGAAAAAAUAAGCAAAGAAAAUUUUGGAUUAACAACACUGUGCAUGAUUGUGAAGGCUUCAAUGUUAGUGUUUCUUUUUUGGGUUUUCUCUUUCAUAUUUGGUUGCUCACUCUUUGCAUCACAGAGUCAGACCUUAACGGUUCAGGAUUUAGACUUGAUCAGGUAAGAAACCUGAAGUAUCGGAGCAGGAAGCUUCUGCUGGGUUAGACAUUUCAAAUCAGAAGGACCAACCAGUUUUAUAAGCCCAAGUGAAGGAAAAGGGAACCUGUUGUGCAGUAUUUGUGUUUGUAAGAUCAAUUUGACUCACUUAUUUUUUCAUUUAACAUUUAAUUCCUUUGUCAUUUUCUGUCUUUAUUUCUUUGUUUUCAUCCUCUCUUCUCUAUCCUGUGGCCUCUGAAGUAAAAAACAUCACCCGCCUGUACACCCUCUUUUUAUUCUUUUACUUAUCACUCAGCCCUGCUUUUCCUCUGUGCUCGCUCUCCCCCUUCACCCACUCACUUACUCUGUUCCUCUGAAAAUGGUGGCUACAGAAGCAUGUGGGCUCUGCUGUGCAUGGCCCGCCACGGGUAACAGAAAGAUGUAAUAUUUGGUUGUCUCCAGUGCAAGAGAGCUGAAGGAGGAGCAGGGAUGAGAAUGUACUGUAAAGAUGAGACUGUACACCCACACCAUGGAGAGAAAUGAAAAGUUCUAAAACACCCAACAACUUGUGUUUGAGUCUGUCUUUACCUUCAAACGUACUUAGGUCAAAUAAGGCUGCAACAAACCAUUAUUGUCAUUAUUGUACUUAUCGUUUCGCCCAUAAAAUUUCAGAGAAGUUCAACAAAACUGUGAUAUGUUGUCCAACCAAAAUAUUCAGCUUAAUAUUACAGAAGGAAAAGUAAGCCAGCAAAAAAAAAAAACACGUUUGAGAUGCUGGAACCAGGGAGUUUUUCUGGAGUUUUGCUUAAAAAUGUACUUUACAAUUGAUCAACAUGAAAAAAAAUUUCUGCCAAUUCAUUAAAAGAUUGUUUCUUAACAGCGCAAUCCGUGGCAGUAAAAAUCAAGUGUCUCCAACAGUAAGAUUUAUCAGACACCACUGACACAUUUCUUAUUUACAGAAUGACUUGCCGAACGACCUUUAACACAAGGCUACGACUGAUGAUUA